UGCCAAGUACAUAAAUACAAUCUAAAACUUCAAAACUUGUAUAUAUUAAUUUUAUCUUAUCGUUAAUUGUAUGUGUUUCGUGGUUUAAUGUGGACUUUAAACCUUAAUUUGUAUUAAUAUAUAUUUACUAAAAAUGGCAGCAGUAAUUCCGUCCGUUACGAAACUUUCAAGUAGAGUAAUAAGGAUCCUCGGUUGCAAUCCUGGUCCUAUGACGCUGCAAGGCACGAACACCUAUCUAAUUGGAACUGGAAGAAAUCGCAUCCUCCUGGACACUGGUGACAAAGAUGUGAAUGAGUAUCAAAAGAACUUAUCAGAACUUGUACAAUCUGAGAAGGUGAACAUUGAACAUAUUGUGCUAACACACUGGCAUCAUGACCACAUUGGAGGAGUUGAAAAUAUAUAUGGCAGCAUUGCAGCACAACCACAAAUAUGGAAACACAAGCGUAGCUCUGAUGAUAGUCCAGAUAAUUACCUACCUACAGAAAUCCCAGUUAACUGGUUAUCAGAUGGGCAAGAAAUAAAAGUAGAGGGUGCUACAGUGAAAGUCCACCAUACUCCUGGUCAUACAACUGAUCAUGUAGUACUGACAUUACAAGAAGAAAGUGUACUCUUCAGUGGAGAUUGUAUAUUGGGGGAAGGCACUGCAGUCUUUGAAGACUUAUACACUUAUAUGAAGAGUUUGAAUAGGAUAUUAGAACUGAAGCCAUCUAUAAUAUAUCCAGGUCAUGGAAAUGUUGUAGAGGAACCAACACAGAAAAUAGAGUACUACAUAGCACAUCGAAAUCAGAGAGAAGAACAAAUAUUAGAAGCCCUAAAGAAUAAUGUGAAUAAGCAGUUAAAUGAAAUGGACCUAGUUAAAAUUAUAUACACAGAAACACCUGAACAUUUGUGGCCGGCAGCUGCAUACAAUGUCAAUCAUCAUCUGACAAAGCUCACAAAGGAAAGCAAAAUAAAAUGUAUUAUAGUCGACGGAGAAACAAGAUGGCAGUAUAAUAUCAAUAGUAAUUUAUAAUUGGUUGACUUAGUAUGGUUUUAGUCACCAUGGGUUCU